AGAGGUGGGGGAAUAAGGUGUGGAGGUGGAUUAAGGUGUGCAGAGAUGGGUUGAGGUGUGCAAAGUAGGGGACCUGAGGGAAGCAGGGGUGGGACUGGGAACUUGUGACAACUACAGUAGGUGUCUGCUGUUUGGCCUCUUUCUGGAAGCCCUCCCAAGCUGCAUGCGCACUUCGAGCCUUCAACAGACAUCUCCCUCCAGCUGUCAGUGCCCCCCCAGUUAACUGGGGGUAAGUGAAGUUUGCCGUAAGUUUAAACCUACCGACCUGCUCUUGUCACGCUGCUCUGCCUGUCAUUGCUUGAUGUGUGGAGUGAAAGGGGAAACACUUAUUGACAUUGGCCAAGGACCAACAAUUUAUCAGGACCUUUCUGCAUGUGAAUCUUUUAAAGAGAUCAUCGGUGCAGAGUACACUGAGCGUAACCGGGAGUACUAUAAAAAAACCCUGAGAAAUGAACCAGGAAUAUUUGACUGGACAACUGUUAUACAAACAGUUUGUGAUCUGGAGGGAAAGGGUACAACAGUGGAAGAGAAGAGAGAAAAACUGAAAAAGACGGUGACAAAGAUAAUUAAAUGUGAUAUAAAUAAAAGCAAUCCUGUGGAACCUCUGGUGCUGCCCAGAGUUGACUGUGUAAUGGCCAUUGGGUGCUUGGAAUGUGUCCGUGAUCUGGAUAGUUUUUGUGAUGCCCUUAAGAACAUUUCAUCUUUGCUAAAAGUGGGAGGGCAUUUAAUAAUUGAUGAGCUUCUUAACGGUACCUACUACUUCUUAGGAGGCACAAGGUUUUCUUGUGUAACCUUAACUGAGGAAUUCAUGAGAAAUGCUAUAACUGAUGCCGGCUUUGCAAUAAUAGACCUGGAGGUUCAGGCCAUUAACAGAGACAAACAGCAGUACAAUAUCUCUGAUAAUGACUCAGACAUAUUCAUUCUUGCACGCAAACUGCAAGAUAUUUAGGUUGGAGAGGAUAGUAUAUAAUAUACAGCAUAUCUGCUCUCUACUAAGGCUGGUUUAUUUAAACAUUCAGUCAUAUAAAAAUACCUAUUCUGAACUCUAUUAAAUAAGAAAACAUUUUGUUUCCUAUUUAACUCUCUCUUUGAGUCAUGCAGUUGUCACCUAAAGAAUUAAACAGCCCCUCAACAAAGAUAUGUCUUACUAUUUUAAUGUUUGAUAAAAGAAAAAAAUUACGUUAGACAACAAUGAGAUAACUGCUGUAGAACUAGUAGAACUAGUAGA